UCUUGAGCUUCCCAUCAGAAAACCCAGAGUGAUCUUAUUUACUUACUUGCUGUGGCAUCAACUUCAUCGAUCAUAUUCCUUAUAUAGUUUGCGUUCUCCUUCAUUUUCUCUGUGCCAAUGGGUGCUUCUGCAUCCUGGUCUUGUUCUCUGCUUGCUCUGCUUCUUCUCGCGUCUGCUUUUGUUUCAUCAGAGAGCAGGGUUAUCGAAAGGAAGGACUUGAGUCUGGACCUUGGUGGGCUGGGCCUUGGAGUUGGAGCAGGAUUGGGCUUGGGCCUAGGAGGUGGAAGUGGAUCCGGAGCUGGAGCUGGAGCCGGGUCUGGGUCUGGCUCCAGUUCAAGUUCUUCAUCCAGCUCGUCCUCUUCGUCUUCUGGCUCUGGAUCUGGAGCGGGUUCUGAAGCUGGUUCGCACGCCGGGUCUUAUGCGGGCUCUCGAGCUGGGUCGGGAAGAGGACAAGGACGCGGAGGUGGAGGAGGCGGUGGGGGCGGUGGAGGAGGCGGUGGCUCCGGCUAUGGUCAUGGUGAGGGCUCCGGCUAUGGUCACGGUGUGGGUGGCGGUGAUUAAGAGAGUGAAGUGAUCUAUAGGCUAGAAUAUUUUAAGCAUGUGUGAGUUAAAAAUAAAUAAGUCCAAACUUUGUACUAGAAAAAUAAAUAUGAUACAUGGUGACCCGCAUCACUUUAUGUUUCA